CACUACAUUGACAAAUGAAUGGUAUACACGAUUAAAGCAAAUUCCAGUCCCUCAAAUUCAAGUGAAUGAUAAACAAGUCUUGACAAGCAUAUGAAGCAAAUUACAUAUAUUUCAAUUUUCGAUUAUUGUGUGUGCACCUUUACAUUGCUCGAUCGAAAAGUUCUCAUUAUCAAUCCGAUAUUUUAUUCCAUGAAAAAUUGGCACGUGCCAAAUUUUACACAGCUAACGCGUGAUAAAUCAGAUCAUAUGUCAAGUGGAUAAAUAAAAUGAUUAUCAAGACCACGUGUGUGACCAACGUUUCGUUCGCAUUUUUAAUAAUUUGAAGAAAAAGAUAGAACUCGCACACAAGAAGUAAAGCGUCAUGUCAACAUCCUUAUAUGCGGCCGAUUUUUCAUCUCUCCGGCAUCUUAUCGAUCUUUGAGAUUUUUCAGAAUUCGAGAUUCUUUCGAAAGUUUGAAAGAUGACACUGUAAAGGAGCGAUUAGCGAUGUCGAACAGCGAAUCGCCGAUCGUAUAUACUCGAUGCCUUUCGAUAGAGAGAAUCAACUUGGCGAGAGGAAAGGGCAUCCUCGGCAUCCUCGAUGUCGCAGACAGUCGCCGCAGGAUCCUCACGACGAGAUCGAGAUCCCGUUGCUGAGGAACAAUCGAUUAUCAUCGCUGUAAUAUAUGCACAGUUCCUAUUGUUAUUAUCUCGGCCGGACCGGCCUAACGAGCUCGUCGCAACAUAAUCGAAGGGAGAUUUGCGUCGAUUUGCGAAUCUCUGCAAAUAAUAAUGGAGCCGACGAUCAUGAAUCUCGCGAAUGCGAGCGACGCUCUCGUCAACUGCAGCUUCGCGAACGAAGUUGCGUGCGAGGUAUACGAAUUCGAUUAUAAUCGCGAACUGGUUGAGAGCAUCGUGGUGGUGGUGGUGCCAUUGUUCUUCGGUAUAAUCGGCAUCCUUGGUCUCGCCGGGAAUUCGCUGGUGGUUGUAGUGGUGGCGGCGAAUCCUGGAAUGAGGUCGACCACCAAUAUCCUCAUCAUCAACCUCGCCGUGGCGGAUCUCCUAUUCGUCAUAUUUUGUAUACCGUUCACGGCUACCGAUUUCGUGCUGCCGUAUUGGCCGUUCGGCAACAUCUGGUGCAAGACCGUUCAAUAUCUGAUCAUUGUCACUGCUUACGCGAGCGUUUACACCCUGGUCCUCAUGAGCCUCGACAGAUAUCUGGCGGUGGUGCAUCCGAUUGCCUCGAUGUCCUGGAGAACCGAGAAUCAUGCCAUAUUGGCGAUCGGCAUCGCGUGGGUGGUGAUCCUGGCGCUGUCCACUCCCGCCUUCGUGAUCCACGGUGAGAUUCACUACAUGUUCCAAGAGGGAGACGGCCUAGCGGAGAACCUGACGGCCUGCCGGAUCCUAUCGCAGUACGACUGGACGUCCUUCCAGGUGUCCUUCUUCCUCAUGAGCUACGUGCUGCCCCUGGUGCUGAUAUGUAUCUUUUAUAUGUCCGUGCUGGUCAAGCUGUGGCGCAGCGCCCGCGUCAGCGCCGAGAGUCGACGUGGCAGAAGACGCGUCACCAGACUCGUCUUCGUCGUCGUCGGGGUCUUCGCCGCCUGUUGGUGUCCCAUACAGGUGAUACUGGUGAUCAAGUCCCUGAACGUGUUCCCGCUCACCACGACGACGAUAAUGGUGCAGAUAGUCAGCCAUAUCCUUGCCUAUACCAACAGCUGCGUCAACCCGUUUCUAUACGCCUUCCUGAGCGAUAACUUUCGCAAAGCCUUUCGGAAGAUCAUCUACUGCAGGCCGCGCGCGGAGCCGAACAAUCAGCUGACACCAGCGACGAAGACAACGAGAGCUGGCAGUAGCGGCGAUAUUCUUUAAAGACACAAAUUAUCACCGACGACGGCGCGGAUCGACGAAUGUCUACGAUCUAUAGGAUAUUCGGUGUUCGAUGUCAUCUGGCGAUUAGCGGAAAGACGUGAUUUUCAAUUCUUUAAAUCUCCGCCAAAUAUAUAUACACUUUAUAUUUCUCUCGAUUUUUUUAUCGGUAAAGAAAUUAUACUUAAAUAUCCAAGGCGGGUAUUUAAGUAUAAUUAAGUUGCAAAAGUACGAUCUGAGAACAGCUUUUAGCAGCGUCGAGAUGCAACUGGCCGCAGAGCAAUUUGCGGAAAAAAGGGCCUAUUAUACAUAUAUCUGAUCGUCAACAUCGACACGUCUCUCUUUGAGUGGAUCUCAUAAACUCGAUUAGCGGAUUACGAAUCCCCGGGCGAUAUUUCGCGAGUGCGAAAAUUUACGAAAUAUUAAUAAAUGUAAAAAGACGCGGACUCGUUUCCCGACGCUCACCCUUAUCCAGGGCAGCUAAUUUGAAAGAUUCUCAGGGUCAUCGUCAGGAAAUUACACGUCCGAGCAUUGUAAAGUGUAUCAAUAAAGACAUUGAGAUAAAAUAUAUAUCUCGUUUGCUCGCAUUAUUGGAGUAAGAGGGGAGGAAUGACAUUUGAUUGACAUUUCUUCUUGUAUUAAGAGCUGUAUGUCAGAAUGUAAUAAAGAACUAUUUUCGAUGUAA